UUGCGCGCUGACAUGUUCCCAGUCGACAGUGUUCUAGUAAGCUGGCUGACCCUGAUCGGGGCUCUGAGCUUAGCAAACCUGCUGUAUUCGGUUCUCAAGUCCCCCAUACAUUUGAUUUGGAAUGUGCUUACUUCCGAAAAGAAAGCGCUCAGUGACCGGUACGGAAAAUGGGCUGUGAUAACCGGAAGUUCCGAUGGCAUAGGGAAGGAGUACGCCAAGAAUUUGGCAGAAGCCGGAAUGAAUGUUUUUCUGAUUUCGAGAACCCCAGAAAAAUUGGAGGAGGUCGCGAAACAAAUCCGAGCCAAAAGUUCCGUUGAGGUGCGGCUGUUGGCGAUUGAUUUUUCUCACGGCUAUCAAGUGUACGACAAAAUACGAGAAGCCAUCACCGGAUUGGAAGUCGGAAUUUUAGUUAACAAUGUCGGUGUGGUUCACGAGCAUCCACUGCCGGUGGAACAGAUCCCCCUGCCGGAUGUUCAGCAGUCAUUCUCGGUAAAUAUGAUUCCGACGGUGAUGCUUUGCCACAUGGUUCUACCGGAAAUGAAACGACGACGACGAGGAAUCGUAGUAAACGUAACUUCCGGCGCCGGUUUGAUAGCAAUUCCAUUCGCCAGCCUGUACUGUUCCUCGAAGGCAUUUGCGAUCAACUUCACCAACGCCUUGCAGAAGGAACUGAAAGGAACCGGAGUAGAGUGUCAGCUGGUGAUUCCGCUGUUUGUGAGUACCGUCAUGAGCGCUCAGUGGCAUUCAAUGCUAUUCUGGAAGCUGCUCGGCGUAGAAGUUCAGCGAUUUACUCGAAGUGCCGUUUGGAUGAUCGGAAAGGUGCAAUUAACAACUGGGUAUUGGUAUCACGCGAUGCAGUCUACUAUAUUUCUUUGUCUACCGGAUUGGAUGCUUAAUGUAAUUGCUGAUAUAUCUAUGAGGUUAAUGAGGAAAUUUUACGAAAAUAAAGAAAACUGAUAAUGAAU